UUUAUAGGUCGCUUAGAAAGAUGUGGAGAAAACUUCGUUAAAGUGGGAUGUUUUAAUGACAAUACAAGACCUCUUCCGGAGCUGUUGUUGAACAAGAGAAAUCAAUUGGUCAGCGGCUGGAAGAAGUGGAGGGAAUUUUUAGAAGGGUAUAGUACGAGUACAAGCUGCGGUGGCGACAACGUAGACGUAAUGAUAAUUGUUUAAAAGGCUCGGCAAGAUGAAAAACAUCUUGAAUGGGAUAAUUUCUAAGGAAAAUGUGGUGCCGCAUUCACGAAUUACCGGCACCAUCUCUAAUGAUUCGAAAAGCUUAUAUUUGUAGAGACGCAGAUCUUUCUCAGGUUUCUUAUCAUUUGAUACAAAGCCCAUUUUUGAAAUAAAAUUUUGAGCUGUGGUAUUUUCCUCAAAUGGGCAAAAACGAUUCACUAAAAUCUUAACCUUAAAUUUUUCAGUACGUAACGUCCAAAUGUCUUAUUUUUACAUAAGCUCGGAUUCCUCUGUUCUUUUCGGGGGGUAUAUAUUACUUAUAUAUUAACAUGAUUAAUAAUCAUCAUUCAAUGUGAACAUUUAGCCUUGUAUGUUGCAAAUGUAUCCUUCAACUUAAGCUCCUGCACUACUGUUUUCAAUCAAUCAAAUUUCCUUCGCUUAUACAGUAGUCGUGUGAUAAGGAAACUGAUUGGGUGGAUAUAUGAGAGGGAAUAUGUUUAUCUAAUCAAAAAAGGUUAGGCUUGCCAUUGUGGUAACGGAAUCUUAAAAGACAAGCAAAACCAGUGAAGAGAUAUCAAACUAGUGCACCGCCAGAGAAAAAAAUCAGGGAGUGAAAAUCGCUCCUUCUUAUCUCAUAAUUGUCACUUUUAUUUUAAAGCUUGGCCUGCAGUUGUGCGAACAAGACAAGAAGGAAAGGUUUCGCAUAUUUUGGUCUUCAAUUUUACGGCGAGUGCUGGAGUGGAGUCAAACCUAACGUUACGCAUGCGUCUGACGGUAUCUCCAAAGAAUGUGUGGGACAGGAUUUCACCAUUCGCUGCAAACAAAAAGAUCCAUUUUGUGUGGGAAAAGGAAGAAGCAACUACGUUUACCGGCUUGUUACGCCAACUUCAGCUCCUGGUAAUUGAUGCACUUAAAAUAUAUUCACGCAGCUGCUUAUUUUUUUCAAUGAAACAGCGGGUAAAGGAGUGUCGCAGUGUCGCCCCGUUUCCACAUUCCAGUUUUUGCUGCUUUAUCCCCGGAAAAACCUGUCAAAAAAUAUAUUACAAGCCUUCAAAUGCAGUUCUAGCCCACCUACUGUGACUCCAUGUCGGGCGCUAGAGACAAUGACAUCCGAAUUUAUGUAAGGAACAAUGAACGUGGUUGCUAACGUUACCGUAAUUGUCUCUUUUUUUUUCCUUUACAGAAUGCAGAGACAGGAGUAACUAUUGCGCUGAAUAUGCCAACAAAGGAUAUUGCAAAGCAUAUGAACAUGUUCGAAUUCAAUGCCCAUAUUCUUGCAAAAAAUGCUAG